UCUUCCCCUCUUUUCUUAGUUUGAUUGCGUUGUGAUUAAAUGCGGCCUUUCAUACUCCGUACUGCCGUCAGCAUGUUGGAUUCCCAACGAGGCCAGGAUGCCCUGACGCUGACAUUGGAAACUGACAGCGGGCACAAGGCUGAGCCGCCACCAACUUCGUUCGCUCCGCUCCCCGUCAUUGAUGACACGGACAGGUCCUACAGUCGUAUGUUAUUUACCGACUCCCAUAUUGCGUCCUCCUUUGUUGCUUUGACUGUGUCCCUCAUGGCGCUAGACAUCCCCAAUGGUACGCCCGACUGCGGAGAAGGGAUUUUCAUUACAACCAUUUUCCUUAUUGUCCUCAUCACGGUAUUCACAACGCUUCGGGUUAUCAGUAAAUUUGUCGCCCAUCAAGACUGGUGGUGGGAUGACUUCUUCGCCAUCCUCGCAUUGCCGCUCGAGUUAAUCGUUCUCUCCCUCGUGCUGGCGUGGAGGCAAAUCGGCCUCGGCUAUCAUAUGGAUCUAUACGUGGCAACAUUUUUCUUCGACGGCUCAGUCUGUGUGCCAAAGAUUUCGGCCUUGUUUUUCUACGCACGCGUAUUUCGAUCCAACAACCGCGCCUUUCGCAUACACCUCUGGAUCGUGGGUGGGCUCACAUCUGGAUGGCUCUUAGCAGCCUGGAUCUCUACCAUUCUUGGAUGCCACCCCAUCCCAAAGGUCUGGAACACUACAUUACCAGGAACAUGCAUCGCCCAAUUCCAAUGGUAUAUAUCAACGGCCGCUCUUUCGUCUACGAUCGACCUGUACAUCUUGUGCCUUCCAAUCCCCAUGAUCUGGGGUUUGCAAGUCAGUCUAAAGCGACGCGUAUACCUUCUGACUGCCUUCAUGAUGGCUUACUCAGUCAUUGUGCUAUCUCUUGGCCGCCUGGUCGCUGUUGUCCAAGUCAUACCCAUCAUGAGCCAGGACCUCACCUGGCUCUUUGUCAAAUACUGCUAUUGGUCCGUACUUGAGGGAUCAAUAUCCAUUAUCUCCAUUAGCGUGCCUAACUGUAUUGCCUUGGCGAAGGCACUGCGGAAUACUCCAGAUUCAAAGGUUCGCUUGGGUAGCAAUCAAGGGAGUAGAAAGUCCCCUAGCAAUAUGGGCUCGCAUCUCGGUGGGCGGAAAGACACUGUCUCGUGGCAAAAGGGACAUGCAGGCUGCGGCAGUGUUGGCAAGCUCGUUUCAGAUGUUCAAGUCAGCCCGAGUGAGUACGGGCAUCGCCGGAACAUGGAUAUCCCACUCGGCGCGGUCCGCAUUGAAACUGAUAUUGAGAGGAAGGCUGGGGUAGUCAUCCAGUAUUUUACUAACUUAUUGGCCACAUGCUCUCAGAUGCUAUUUGGCAGAGAGUAG